AUGGCAACAUCAAUUGAAACUGGCACUGGUGUGACCUCAACCAAACAUUCUGAUAUGACUACACCCUAUCGCUCAAUAUCUGAAGUGUCAGACACAGAACCUACAACAAUGACAGCAUCAAUUGAAACUAGCACUGGUGUGACCUCAACCAAACAUACUGAUAUGACUACACCCCAUAUGUCAACAUCGGAGGUUGCCUCUACUGAAUUGGACUCUGAAGUUACCACUGUAGAAAUUACCACAAUGGCAGGAUCAGUUGAAACUAGCACUGAUGUAACCUCAACCGAACCAACUAAUGUGACUGCACUUUAUGAGUCAACAUCGAAAGUUUCAUCUUCUGAAUCUAUCUCAGACGUAACUACUGUUGAACCUACAGUGAUACCAUCAUCAUCAUCAUUAUCUGAAACUAGCUUUGAUAUGACCUCAACCCCACAUACUGAUACUACUACAACCUAUCGCUCAAUAACUGAAGUUACCACUGUAGAAGCCACCACAAUGACAGGGUCAGUUGAAACUAGCACUGGUGUGACCUUAACCGAACCAACUAAUGUGACUGCACUUUAUGAGUCAACAUCAAAAGUAACAUCUUCCGAAUCUAUCUCAGACGUAAGCACUAUGGAACCUACAGUGAUACCAUCAUCAUCAUAUGAAACUAGCUCUGAUGUGACCUCAACCCAAUAUGCUGAUAUGACAACACCCUAUCACUCAAUAUCUGAGGUGUCAGACACAGAACCCACAGCAAUGACAACAUCAAUUGAAACUGGCACUGGUGUGACCUCAACCAAACAUACUGAUAUGACUACACCCUAUCGCUCAAUAUCUGAAGUGUCAGACACGGAACCUACAACAAUGACAGCAUCAAUUGAAACUAGCACUGGUGUGACCUCAACCAAACAUACUGAUAUGACUACACCCUAUAUGUCAACAUCGGAGGUUGCCUCUACGGAAUUGGACUCUGAAGUUACCACUGUAGAAGUUACCACAAUGGCAGGAUCAGUUGAAACUAGCACUGAUGUAACCUCAAUCGAACCAACUAAUGUGACUGCACUUUAUGAGUCAACAUCGAAAGUUUCAUCUUCUGAAUCUAUCUCAGACGUAACUACUGUUGAACCUACAGUGAUACCAUCAUCAUCAUCAUUAUCUGAAACUAGCUUUGAUAUGACCUCAACUCCACAUACUGAUACUACUACAACCUAUCGCUCAAUAUCUGAAGUUACCACUGUAGAAGCCACCACAAUGACAGGGUCAGUUGAAACUAGCACUGGUGUGACCUUAACCGAACCAACUAAUGUGACUGCACUUUAUGAGUCAACAUCAAAAGUAACAUCUUCCGAGUCUAUCUCAGACGUAAUCACUAUGAAACCUACAGUGAUACCAUCAUCAUCAUAUGAAACUAGCUCUGAUGUGACCUCAACCCAACAUACUGAUAAGACUACACCCUAUCGCUCAAUAUCUGAAUUGUCAGACACAGAACCCACAGCAAUGACAGCAUCAAUUGAAACUAGCACUGGUGUGACCUCAACCAAACAUACUGAUAUGACUACACCCUAUAUGUCAACAUCGGAGGUUGCCUCUACGGAGUUGGCAGGAUCAGUUGAAACUAGCACUGAUGUAACCUCAACCGAACCAACUAAUGUGACUGCACUUUAUGAGUCAACAUCGAAAGUUUCAUCUUCUGAAUCUAUCUCAGACGUAACUACUGUUGAACCUACAGUGAUACCAUCAUCAUCAUCAUUAUCUGAAACUAGCUUUGAUAUGACCUCAACCCCACAUACUGAUACUACUACAACCUAUCGCUCAAUAUCUGAAGUUACCACUGUAGAAGCCACCACAAUGACAGGGUCAGUUGAAACUAGCACUGGUGUGAUCUUAACCGAACCAACUAAUGUGACUGCACUUUAUGAGUCAACAUCAAAAGUAACAUCUUCUGAAUCUAUCUCAGACGUAACCACUAUGGAACCUACAGUGAUACCAUCAUCAUCAUAUGAAACUAGCUCUGAUGUGACCUCAACCCAACAUACUGAUAAGACUACACCCUAUCACUCAAUAUCUGAGGUGUCAGACACAGAAGCCACAGCAAUGACAACAUCAAUUGAAACUGGCACUGGUGUGACCUCAACCAAACAUACUGAUAUGACUACACCCUAUCGCUCAAUAUCUGAAGUGUCAGACACAGAACCUACAACAAUGACAGCAUCAAUUGAAACUAGCACUGGUGUGACCUCAACCAAACAUACUGAUAUGACUACACCCCAUAUGUCAACAUCGGAGGUUGCCUCUACUGAAUUGGACUCUGAAGUUACCACUGUAGAAAUUACCCCACAUGGCAGGAUCAGUUGA